AUGUCCGACUCGGAGAUGGACGAAGACUUAAAGAGAGCUAUUGCCUUAUCUUUGGAACAACCUUCAUCACCGACAAUCCGUGAAAGGAAGCUUAUCGAUCUCACUAUUUCAGAUGACGAUGAUGACCUUGAUGCGCCUGUCACGACACGUUUCCAGGUCUCACAGCUUAAUUCCAUUCCUAAUACAAGUAUGGAUGUCAAACCGAACACCAAUUUACAAGUGUCCAGCCAGUCAAGCAACACACUAUUUAAUGGCUUGAAUCGUAAGCAGAUGGAGGAAGAACGCAUAGCAAGAACUCAGCAGAGGAGUAAGGCCCCAGAUGUCAUUUCUAAGAAAAGAAAGGCACCGGUUUCGUCACCGACGUCUUCACUCAGUGAAGGCCAUCAAUCAAAAUUCUCUCGACCAGAGUCGAUAACCUGCAACAAGACAAUCGAAGGCCACCAGAAAAAGUCUACAGACAGGAGCCCCAUAAGGCAAGGCAUGAAUAACGCACUCGAUGAUUUAUCCAAGGGAUUUGUAGAACCAGACUCCGAGCCUGCCAUUGCAAGUUCCGAUAUCCCUCAGAUGCUACCUAAACAUAAGCGACGAGGUAAAGUCUCGGACAUCGGUGUUCAAUUCCCUUUCGGGGCUGUGAAAAAAACCUUCGCUCAUGGGUAUCCGCGAGAGGAUGACAUCAAGAUUGAAGAGGUACUCCAACCUUCAACCCUUGAACUUGCUGUAAUGAGCGCCUUUCAAAUAGAACCUGAUUGGAUUGCAUCGAAGAUUUUGCCAACUACAAAGGUUACUUGGGUCUUACAAGCAAAGUCUGAAGCCGAAAAUCCGGCAUCAAGACCACCAGUAUCUCAAUUCCUGUCACUCUGCGAAUCAUGGGGUGGAGGGUCUCAUUCUGGCACGGAAUUGCUACGAACCGGAUAUCCGGGACUUGGCAGAUCUGUAAGCAGCCUUGGGCUGGAGACGGACCAACCUUUGGAGGUUGACAUUGUAACAGCGUCUAUCGGUAACCUCGAUGACCGAUUUCUCGGAACAAUAUAUCUAGCAGCACAAGCAAGCAAACUGUUGCAGAAAGCAAGGGUGGCUGCUGGCACGAUUUGUUUUCGAUCGAAAUGGUACGAUGCAAGUAGUUUCCCAAGACACCUCAUGCGCGACUGUCACAGUCGUAGGGAAGGAUUAUUGAUGCACAACAAGAUGAUAUUCGGGCCGCAUGGUGAAGGACCGGGUAACAAAAGAGCCUAA